GUUCACACCACUGGGUCAGGAUGAGGGGGCUGCUCGCACUCACCGCGCUGUUUGUGGCCGUUCUCGGCAAGGAGACGUUUGAGGGUCAUCAGGUGCUUCGCAUCACUGCACAGGAUGAAGUCCAGCUGGCUCUUAUCAAGGACCUGGAGGACAUGGUCGAGUUCGAGCUGGACUUCUGGAGGGGGGUGACCGAUGUGACGACUCCCGUGGAUAUCAGAGUUCCCUUCCACAGCCUGCAGUCCGUCAAAAUCCACCUGGAGAGUCUGCAAAUCGAGUACUCCAUCAUGAUCCAAGACCUUCAGGCGAUGCUGGAUGCGGAGCAGGAGGAGAUGGAGUCUGCUGCUCGUGUCGCUGAGCCCAGAAACACGGACAGCUUCGAUUUCUCCAGCUACCACCCCAUCAACGAGAUCUACAGUUUCCAGGACAUGCUGGUGGCUGAGAAUCCCAGCCUGGUCAGCAAGAUUGUGAUCGGUCAGAGCUACCAGGGUCGUCCCCUGAAUGUGCUCAAGUUCAGCACCGGUGGAACCAACCGUCCCGCCAUCUGGAUCGACACUGGAAUCCAUUCCAGAGAGUGGGUCACUCAGGCCAGCGGCACGUGGUUCGCCAAAAAGAUUGUGACUGAUUAUGGACGUGAGACCGCUAUCACCGCCAUCCUCAACAAGAUGGACAUCUUCGUGGAGAUUGUGACCAACCCCGAUGGCUUCUACUACACUCACAACUCAAACCGUAUGUGGCGUAAGACCAGGAAGCCCAACCCCGGCACGAGCUGUGUGGGAGUCGACCCCAACAGGAACUGGGAUGCUGGUUUUGGAGGAGCUGGUGCCAGCGGCAACCCCUGCUCAGAGACCUACCGAGGAAGCAGGGCUCACUCUGAGUCUGAGGUCAAGUCCAUUGUGGACUUUGUGAAGUCCCACGGUAACUUCAAGGCCUUCAUCUCCAUCCAUUCCUACUCUCAGAUGCUGCUGUACCCCUACGGCUACACCAGGACUCCAGUCAAGGACCAGACCGAGCUGCACAAUCUGGCUAAGAAGGCCAUCACUGACCUGGCUUCUCUGUACGGUACCAGGUACAGAUACGGCAGCAUCAUCAACACCAUCUACCAAGCCAGCGGCGGCACCAUCGACUGGACCUACAACCAGGGCAUCAAGUACUCCUACACCUUCGAGCUGAGGGACACUGGCCGUUACGGCUUCAUCCUGCCGGCCAGUCAGAUCCUCCCCACUGCCCAGGAGACUUGGCUGGCUCUGAUGGCGAUCAUGGACCACACCUUCAAGAACACCUACUAAUAUGUGUGUGUGUGUGUUCAAUUGGAAGUCCCUGUGGAGAGGAUAUUGUUGGCAAACAUCAUCUGUAAAUACGUCAGCAUACGUCAUGACUCUUCGGACAAUGAAAAUCACAGACGAAUAAAUAAGCACACUUGAAAACUU